AUGGCGAAGAGGCGCCGCGAGGACGACACAGCGAGCGCUUCGGCCCCAAACGCCAUGGCCGUCGUCCAGGCCGUUCGGUCAGGGAUCAAGCUGCAGCGAGAGGACCCGCAGCGCGCCUUCCGGCAUGCCUGCCUUCUCCAAAUGCGAGUGAUGUUGGCCGCAAAAAACCCUAUGACCGAGCCUCUGCACAAGUUCUCCCACGGCCAAGGGGUCCUCUGGCGGGACGACUCGCCGCCCGAGACGCCCGCCCUGUCCGCCUCGAGCAGCUCCAGCGACCUCGACUCGGGCUUUAACAUGGUGGAGGACGAGUUUGCGAUGCUUGUGGACGAGCUUGAAGAUCUGGACGAGGUGGCGUCCGUGGCGGCGGAGCAGUGGGCCUCAGCUCGUUAG